CGCAAACUACUAUGGCCCUGACAAUUCCCACGACAUCAGCUCCGUGAAUAUACCCUUACGUACUAUCUUACAUGACCUCAUUUCUAACAGCGCGCGAUACCCGUCAUCAUGACCGAUUACUCAACAUGGAAAGUGACUGAACUGAAGGCGGAACUGAAGCGGCGCGGCAUUGCGCAGACCGGCCUCAGAGUCAAACAGCAAUUUAUUGACAGACUCGUGGAGGAAGACGCCAAGGGCGACGAGAGUCCCGUCGCAAAUGAAGAGCCUACCGUGACACAAGAUGUUGUUGAGGAGUUACAACCCGCCGAGGAGAAACAACCUACGCCGCCUCCCGUAGACGUUGCUGCAGAGUCACACGACUCCAAGCCUGAAGACCGAGUGCAGGAACAACAGCAGGACCAGGAAGUCCCAGGUACUGAUGUUAGUGAAACUCAAGCCGAAAAAAAGACUACAGAUGUGACACAAGAUGACGACGCGACCAUCGAGAAGAACCAGCAACAACCGUCUAAGUCGGAGCCGGCAGAACCAGCAGAACCAGCAGGAACCCAGCCUGAAACUGACACUUCGAUGCAACCGGUUGAGCAGGCUCCCGGAAAUGUGGAAGAAAAGGAACCUACACCUGCAAGGGAAGAAAGCAUAGGUCAGGCUGACUCUGCUGAAAAAGUUGCGCCAGUUGCUGCACCCCCCUCAGAAUUGACUACUGGAUUGUCUACACCACUCCCUGCCGAGGAGCUUCUUGAAGACUCUCGGAAAAGGAAGCGUCGCAGCCAAAGCCCUGUUCCUACACCCGAGGCGCUGGCGAACAAAAAAGCGAAGCUUCCAGCAGAAGCCCCUAAGGUUCUCUUGCCGGAGGACAGAGGCGCGAUGGAUAUUGAUGGGGACAUCAGACUUGACGAGACUGCUCCGGUUUCGCAAGAGACUCCAGAAAAACAUGAAAAUGUUAAUCAACCUGAUGAACAAGCUCCCAUGCCUCGUGAUGACUUACACCCUCCUUCUAGUCCCGACAACUCGCGAAGCAAAAAGAGUACCGCGCCGAAACAAGAUGUUCGUUUCAAGGGCCUCUUUUCAGCUGGCGAGACAGAACAGGCCCGCCCUGCAUCUCCCUCCGCUGAUAAUACCAUAACUGAGGAGACGGAAGUUGAGCCGGCCUUGCAUGUUGCGACAGCAGCACUGUAUGUGGGUGGUCUGAUGCGCCCGCUUCAACCUGCUGCUCUCAAGAGUCACCUUAUUAACAUUGCAUCCCCACCUGGGGCUUCGCCUGAUCCCGACAUCGUUGUUAAUUUCUACUUGGAUUCCAUCAAAACACAUUGUUUUGUCAACUUUACAAAUGUUACGGCAGCGUCUCGUGCCCGUGCUGCUCUUCACAAUACUGUUUGGCCUGACGAGCGGAACCGCAAAAUUUUGUUUGUGGACUUUAUUCCCGAACAUAAGCUGCAACAAUGGAUCGAUACGGAAGAGAAUUCUCGUGGACGUAGCGGUCCUCCAGCUCGUUGGGAGGUAAAGUAUGACCAGACUGACGACGGAGUGGAGGCUGUCUUGGAGGAAAUCGAUCCGAAGAAUGCGGGAUCCCGUCAAGCGCGCGGACCGGCACCAAGUGACUUUUCUCGGCCCCCACCAUUGGGUCCACGAGCAGAUAUGGAGAAGAAGGAUCGACGUCCUAGUGGACCUGCUCAAGCUGAGCCCAGCUCUCGACCUGGACAAGGAUUCAAACCACUCGAUGAGCUAUUCAGGUCGACUACCACCAAGCCUAAACUGUACUAUCUUCCUGUCCCUCGCGACGUGGCGGACCGACGUUUAGACCGAUUCGAUGAUCUACUGCGAAAAGGAUCGUAUCCUCGUCCCGGCGGCGACGAAACUCGCCGGAUAUCAUUCGAGGAUGGCGACUUAUUUGUGGACAACGGCCCUGAAUUUGCCGGUCGGAAUCGGCGACGAGGUGGUCGCGGGCGAGGUCGAGGUGGCUUUGGCGAUUCCUGGAGGGGCGAUCGAACAGGUCGUCAUUAAAAAAAGGUUCUUUAACCGGUGAUGAUAUCAUGUAACAUUUGGACUCCGUUCUCAGAUCAAAAACCUGAUCAAGCUAUGGCUUAUUUUCCCGUGAUGUUCGCUAGGGUUUAUGACGUGUACAAUAUAGGGCUGAAAACUGCCGGAUAAGCGCUUUAGGGAUGUAUAUUACUGAAAAA